AUGGCACGGCUUCGUCGUACGGGCAAACGGAGUCAUUCGUUUCAUGGACAACUAGCUACGGAACUCGAAGCUCUUGCUAUCUGCCAACUCGCAUGUACUGAAGAUGAGGACGACAGAUUUAUCGGCCUUGCCAUUGCUGUGCUUGCUUUAGCGGAGAAAAAACGUGCACGAAGCAACAGGUAUGGUCUACGUGGAUCUUAUAACCAGCCAAAAUCGGAGGAUUUCCUGGAUAUCCUGGUAUAUAACGGAAGUGAACGUCACUUCCAGGCAUGGUUCAGAAUCUUACAAAAUGCUCUGGUACUUCAAGCCACUCGGCACAUUACAAGCUCAGCGAUGCCUGCAUCAAAUAAACUGGAAGAAUAA